CCGCGUACAUUCGGCCCGUAACGGUAGCCGCGUGAGGACACGGUUUCUAUGCUCUUCGAUGUUUGGCUUAUCAUAAUACAACACACGAAUUGUUGCAAUCGGGUUUAUAACAGUACCCACGUUGCUAUUAUUAAAGAAUAUAUCAAAGUACCGGACGGCACGCCGUGUAACGACCGGGAGCGGAGCGCGCACGCUUAUGACAUCGGCGCUGCUUCCCAUAACGUUUGCCGAUCGAAACGACAGCGUGCCGCAGAAACACCGUGUUGUACCGAAUCGGCCAGUCGGACCCGCGGUGGUGAUCAGCUGCGGUGGUGCAAACCUUUGUACGUGCUCCGUCAGUGUCCUCGCACAAUUGCGAUCGAUCGCGGUCCGCCGCCGGCACCAGCCGCGCCGUCAACGGUUGUAGUUCAAAGACAAGAGAUAAAGUGACAUUUACUUUGCCCGCGAAGGUGAUCAGAUUAAACCUUACCGCUAGUCGACUCUGAUGGAGUUGACCUAUCACUGUACACACAGUAUGCAGAUGGAGAAUUCGUAUUGAUGGCACCGAUCGGAAAUAAUGGUAACAUUGUCCGUGUCUUUACAGAUGCGCAUCCUAUGGACGCUGGUCAUGGGCACACUUUUUGUGCUCCUAGUCCAGUACCAAACGUCAAGUGUGUGGCCGCAACAGCAGGCCCAGAUGAACAGUCGUGUGGAUCCAUUUGCGGAAGACCUUGUUGCCAUUGCACUUUCCAAGGUGGAAAUAGGUGAUGAUACGACGGUGUCCAAGGAAAUGUUAUUGGGCAUCACUCGACAAAUCGCUAGAUACGUGGUCUACAGUUCCGGUUGUUCCGUGUCGCCAAUUAGCGGACCACCACCUAUUACUUUAUAUAUAAUCACACCUACUUAUAGACGACCAGAGCAAGUAGCCGAUCUCACCAGAAUGGCGCAAACUCUAAUGCUGGUCCGAGACAUACACUGGUUGGUCAUAGAGGAUGCAAAAUCAAAGUCCCCACAACUGAAUGCAUUGCUUCAAUCUUUUGGUAUCAAAUUUACUCAUCUAAUAGCCCCAAUGCCUAGUAGAUACAAAAAUACUAGAGGAGCAAAACCUAAAGGUGUUGCCAAUCGGAAUCGAGCAUUAAAUUGGAUUCGUGAGAAUGCUAACGAAGGUGUUGCGUAUUUUGCUGACGAUGACAAUACUUACGACGUCAGAUUGUUCAACGAGAUACGUGAUACCCAAAGAGUAUCUAUGUGGCCUGUAGGACUAUGCACUAAAACGGGAUUAAGCACCCCAAUUGUUAGAAAUGGCAGUCUCAUAGGUUUUUACGAUGGUUGGAUUGCUAACCGAAAGUUUCCGGUUGACAUGGCUGGGUUUGCUUUUAGUGUUAAUUUUUUAAAAAAAAGACCUCACGCAAAAAUGCCUUACAAACCAGGGUAUGAAGAAGAUGGAUUCUUAAGAAGCUUGAGCCCAUUCGAGCCUCGUGAGAUUGAACUUAAAGCCGACAACUGUACUAAAAUUUUAGUAUGGCACACACAGACAAAGAAAAAUGAACCAUCAUUGAAAGUGAAUGUUGAAAAAUAUAACAAUACCAAUAUACUGGAACUCAAAAAGAUAAUUGUUUAAUUAAACACUGUGAAUUGUUUUCGAAUGGAUAUUUAAUGAUAUAUUAGUUUAUUUUUCUUAAGUAAAAAAUAACAUCAAUGGUUUUUAAUCUUUAAUUCAUUUGGCUUGUACCACGCUUUUCUGUUGAAAUAAUUAAAUUAGAACUUGCUCAACCAAAAAUUUAUUCAAAUAUUAUUUUUUACUGAUUAUUAUUAUUUUAAUAUUUAUUAUUACUGCAUUAUGAUUGUUGUUUCUUUUUUAAUUCUAUACUACUUUAUUACUACUUAUACCAACCCUAUCUCUUAUUGUAGUUAAAAUUAUAUUUAGUAUAGAUAAAUAAGAAUAUCUUAACGAAAAAUAUUUCUUAUAAUUUAUGUAUAAUGUUUUUGGCAUAGACUAUUAUUUAUAGUUGUCAACCAUGUAACAACUGUAAAACAAUAUGAAUAGGUAAAAUCAUAUUUUUGAUUAAUUAGGAUUAUAAUAAUGUUAAUUUGUGUCAGAAAAUAUAAUAACAUGUUAAUAAUAAAAUAUUAAGUUAAGAUUUGAUCUUGUAUGUAAAACUUGUCAAUUGCAUUCAUUUUAAAUUUUCAUAUAAAAUUAUGAUUAUUUAGUGAAUUUGUAGCUAUACAUCAUAUCAAAACAUUUUUUGUACAAAUGUGUAAAAUUAUUUAAAACAAAUUUUAUAUUAAUAUGUAACUCUGAUUUAUAACUAAAGCAAUAAUCCAUACACUUCCAUGAUACAUAUCUAUGGGUUGGUAAUAUAUUUUUUAUUACAUACUUUCACAAUACAAAAAUAUGAUUUAAAGUUUUGUUUUAUAUGUCAAUGUUAAAUUUAUAAACAAAUAAUUUAUAAAUGAACUCAUAGAGACUGGCUAAUUAAUUUAUGGUACCUAUGUAAUUGUUAAGUAUUAUUACUUUAUGUAAGCACAGCACCAAAUUAUUAAUUGUAUCAUUCUUUUAUAUUUUAAAAUUAUGUUUGAAAAAACAUGAGAUGAUGAAGUAAAUCUCUUUGUUUAUUUUAAUCUUACUUUAAGAAAAUUAUAACCAUAUCAAAAGAAAAACUGUAUUAUUGAUAAAUUAUUUAGCAUGGCUUUCAGGCAACUAUUGUCAAUCAAAAAAAUAUUUUUACAUUAAGUUUUUGUAUAAUUCACUCAAAAAAAAUUAUUUAUAGAUGUAAAAUCAUUUAUAUGAAAUAAGAUUGUUAUAUUAUUUAUACAUAAACUGUAUGUAUUUAUGUCAUAUAGGCACAUUAAUUAUUAAAUUAAUAUGUAACUUAAGUGUAGUUUUGAUGUAUAUAUGAAUGUAAAAUGUUGCACUCCUAAAAUUUAUUACAAAAGUGAUAUUUCUUAUUAGUACUCUGAUUAUAUAAUACCUACUAUUUAUUUUAAAAAUAUACUUGAAUCACAAAAUAAUCUGUCAGGGUACCCGUCAGUAAUUUAAAGGAACGCAGUACAAGAUAAUCUUAAUAUAUCCAAUUUAUUUUAUAAUUCUA